AUGUGCAACAUUCCUAUUACUAUUACAACUACCAAUCAAAAUAAUUCAACAAAUAAAUUAAAAAACUGCUUACGAAAAAAAUUAAAAUUACUACGAAAUCGCUUAAAACACAGAGACACUACUACACCCAGUUCUUCCUCUACCUCACCCAAAGUUUCACCGUCUAUAAGGCCUAUAGAAUUCGGUGAUAAUGGUGGUUUUAUUAAAGACAAUGAUCUUGAUGAUAUAAUAUUUAUAUCACCUAACGAUAAUGAUGAAUUUUCAUUACCCGACGAUAAGAUGUUAGAUAAUAUCGACCAAUUGGAAAUACCGCAUUAUUUAAAUCGGCAAUUAUGGAAUGCUAAUUUUAUAUCUCCGAUACACGAUAUCUUGUCCAGUCGUAAAAGAGUUCAUGUUUUAGAUGUUGGCUGUGGAAAAGGAACUUGGAUACUAGACAUGUCAUUGAAGUAUCCAUUUUCAAUUUUCAUAGGAAUUGACAGAUCACCAAUUUUUCCAUCACAAAACAAUAUAAAACAAUUGAACGCGACAUUUUUAUAUUUAAAUUUGUUAGAGAAAGCGUUGCCAUAUGAUAACAACACUUUCGAUUUUGUUCAUUUGAGAUAUUUGAAUUUGAAUUUACUUAAAGUGAAUUGGUCAAUUAUAAUAAAUAAACUUAUAAAUGUUUUGAAAAACUCUAGUAAUGAUGACAUUGGUUAUAUUGAAAUUUGUGAAUGGGAUUUAGUAACAUUUAAUAAUGGACCUGUUACUAAAAAAUUGUUCAAGUCUGUCCAAGAAUAUUUAAUAUCAAUAGGUAUUGAACCAAUUAUCAGCAAAACGCUCGAACAAAUAUUAAAAGAAAAACCCGACGAACUAACAGAUAUUACAAUCCAAAAAAAAUUCUUUCCGAUCGGUAAUUGGUCAAGAAUUAAAGCAAGAAAACAACAUUCAUUCUCUUCAUUAAAUAUUGAUUACAACAACAGCAACGUCGGUAGUAAAUAUCUUAAUAAUACAAAAUACAGGCAUUGGUCAAUUAUUUCUAUUUUGGAGUAUACAAAAUCAAAAUGUCAGUUAUAUGUAGAUUCCAUCAAUGUUCUUAGGGAUAAUAUAUAUGUGUCACUACAGAGAUACAAAGAAAGUCGUGACAAUCAUAUAAACGUAACCAACAAAUUGAGCAAGAUUCUAUCUGAUUUCGAGAAAUCAUUCUCUACAGCUGAAGUAAAAGAAUUUAUUGUUAAACUGCAAAAGGAACAAGGAGAACAUGACUUUGAUAUGGCCUUACAGUUUAAUGUAACAUCUGCCUCCACAGUUAAAGCUUUGAAGGGAUACCGUACAAAUCAAAUGCUUAUCAAUGAAUUAAAAGAUGAUGAAUACGAGGAGGAAGGAGGACCAUCUUAUUCUAAAGUGGAAUCAAGGAAAUGGAAAAACAAAGUAGAUACUAAAAGCUCAUCAGAAGAGGAAACGGAUUUUGAUUACGUAGAAAAACCAAACAAAGUAUGUAAAAAAGGAUCUACAAAUGAUGAUAGUUUUGAAACACCUCCUCCCAGAUCGCAAAGCAAAACUGUGAUGACCACUCCUCAAAAACCUACCCUUUUCGCAGAUUCUGUAAAAUAUCUGGAUAACCAUUUUUCAGUAGUCAUUAAUCAGCAGUGUGUUAUAAUGAAAGAAAUUAAAGUUGAUAUAAUUCCAGGAUCUGUUCAUGAUUGGCUUCUUAAUGUAUUAUCAUUUUUCAAUGACCAGCGAUGGUCCGUUAAACCGUUAUAUUGGGGAAUGAAAGUACACAGUGGAAAGAAUCGUGCCUUUAUUCAAGCAGAUAGUGUUGGUAUGAAAGUUUCUAAUAACAAGGAGAUCAUAUUCAUUGAAGUAUCAGGAGGUCCUGAGAACACUGUGCCAAAACAUGUAAAAGAAGAUUCUGAGAAACUUAUUAAGGAGGCAAUGUUUGGACUGGUAUCCCUUCUGAGAGACUAUUUAGAUAAGAACGCAGAGAAUGUGGAGAACAUAUGCACAUACAUGGUACAAGUUAUUGGUAAUGUAUUCACUGCUGUAUUAGUUCAUUUGAACAACACGAAUCUUACAGUGAUUAAAUCAGCGGUACUACCAUUUUCAUUCAACGAAAUUGAAAAAUUCUUUGAAAUAUUCAAAUUACUUUAUGCUUUGAUUAGUGGGUUCGAAGGCCAAAUAAAUGAGUUAAAGAAGCUUGCGUUCACCAAUUCCACUGAUGGUGUACCAACAGUUCAAGACUGGAUCUGGGUCCCAAAAUCGAUUGCGGAAUGGGAAUCAAUAGAAAUACGUGAAAAUGAGUCUGACUUGUGA